ACCUUCACUUAUCCGUCAUGCUCAUUCAACCUCCUCCUUCUCCCUGUCUCCAUCUCUCUCCCUACAAUACGAGAGAGAGAGUCUUUCAUCCAAUCCAAAACCCCAACUCCUCUGUCUUUGCUCUGCCUCUCCUUACAAAACAAUAGCCUUUCCCCUCGUAAUUUAGCACACCAACUCGAUCCUCUCUGUUCUUCCUCUGCCUCCCAUUGCUUUUCAUUUUUUAAAAAUUCGUGACAGAGGAUAUUGUUAUGGCAACGAUUGUGUGCCAAGGUUUGCAGUCAUGUCUAGACAGCUCCCAUCUUGUGGAGCCAACAACGGUGAGGCUCAAACUGUCUUCCCCAAGACCACACUUCUCUCAACCCCUUGAAUUAGCCUUAAAAUCUUGCUUUUUGGAUUCCAACACCAAGGAACAUGAAGACGCGUGCCACAUUCAGGAGAUUUGCAACAAGUCGUAUAAUUACUUCGGUAAUCAUGGCUCCUCAAAUCCUGACAUGGGUGGCUGGAGUUUCCUCCAAGCUCUCUCCCCUGGCUCGCAAUCUCCUGUAGAAGCAAUGGAGAAAGAAAACACCUAUGUCCAUCCUCUUGUCAAGCGCUCUACAGCCAUGCUCAGUGACAAAAGUUUGGAAUUGUGCACUGAAAAGUUAGGCAACGAGACAGGCACCGACAUCAACGAAGGCAGCAUUUUCUCAUUGCCUUCAUCGGACUCCAAGGGCGGGAAUUCGCCGACAAGGGAGCAAGCCAAGCCACGACAACUUUUUGGAGCUAAGAAAGCGAAUCCUCAUAAUUUUCCGCCUCCCUUGACAACGAUAAGCGGCUCGGAAUCUCUUCGAGUUAGGCCCCACCGUGAAGGUGGGCGGCUAAUAAUCAAGGCUGUCAAGGCCCCAGCAACACAAACUUGCUUCCAAGCUGAACGAAGCCAUGGCCGCCUUCGAAUAUGCUUUUUGAAAAAUUGUACUCCAAGUACUGUUGACUUGGAAGAACUAGCCGAGAAUGAAGACAAUGAAGCAAGCGAUGACGAAGAGGAUGGAAAUGAAGGCUUUGAAAACGACACCUAUGAAGAAACACCACAAAUGGAAGAAGAAGAAGAAGAAAAAGAAGAAGAAGACGAAGAAGAAGAAGAAGAAGAAGAAGAAGAAGGAGAAGAAGAAGGGUACUUAGAAGAUGAAGGAGAUCAGAGUGCUGUGUACUUGGGUCAAGAUAUGGAUGGUGAUUAUGUGAAAGAUGAGGCUGAAAUGGGAAUAUUGGAAAAGUAUGAGAGGCCAACAAGGUGCAAAGAAGGUGAUCAGCAUGAGAAAAAGAGAUUGUUAGAUUGCAAGCCCUUGUGGGUGGCUACUUAAUUAAUUCCUUAAUUAGGCUUUAUUUUGGAUCUCUAUAUAACUAUAUUCCACAAAUUUUGUGUUU